UCUCGCACUGGAGGUGGGCAUUCGUUCUGAGCCACAUUCGAGACGGGUUUCUCCAGUAUUCAGUAGAAUUUUAUCCGGCAUCCGAGGUGGACACGUCGUUCUCUUGCACAAGAACUGCAUCGCUUGCAGCGUAAUUCGACUAUUUCCUAGCCUCAACGGGGAUCUGUUCGCGUAUGUUGUUCAGCGGUGCAGGCGAUCGGUUGACUGUUGGAUGCUGCAAUUUACGUAAUUUAAAAAAAACGUCUCUACACGUCAGCGGAGGGAAGGUGUGUAAUUAGACCGGCAUACUCGAAAGAAUCUACUUAGGUCUACUACUAUUACUAUUGGAUGCUGCUGUGCUGUGAAUUGAAUUAGAUAAGGUGGGUGAAGUGUUAUAAGAAGUCGAAGAGAGAGAGAGAGCAGGAGCAAUAGCUAGAUCGAGUGGUUGUUCGUAGUGUCAAAGAAGUGUAAUUGAUUUGUGAAUAAAUAAUAGCUGAUUGGCAGGUAACUCCGUCGGCUUUUUUCGGUGCUCAAAAGCGUGAAAAACAAGUGACUUGUGUGUGAAUGGUCUGCCUCUCGUUCUUCUGGUUCCGCUAGUUCAUGCUGGAAAUUGGUGUAGCUUCGCGCGUAUACAUAUAUUAGGCGAUCUCUGAGCUUCGCCUGAAGUGUCGGAUUGUGACGUAGCGAAUUGAAAGUGAAUAGAAGCUAUUAAAAAUUCAACAUCAGUCUACGAUACGAGAGGAUUGAAAGUGGUUUUGGUAGAAUAAAAGGAAGUCGAAAAGCGCGUAAGAGUGUGCUCGUCAUAUGGAAGUGUUUUUCCAAGUAGGAAUUGAAUAACAAUAAUCUGUAGUGCGCGGGCUUUCUUGAGUGUUUUCUCCUCUCUUCCUACGCUGGGUGCAAAUUGAAUAGAUUGGGGUGAUACCGGACCUGUCACGAUUGUGUAUCACACAAAAAAAAAUCCUGAAGGAGGGGUUUCUGGCAUAUUGAUAGAUUGAGGAAUCUGCUACUUCUGUGCUGCAUUGUCACAGCCGUUGGGAUGGACAUCACGAGCCGCAUCAAGAUACUAUCUAUUUUACUGGCGCUUUUCAUCGUCCCUCUGGUGCAAGUGGUGCAAGCGCGGAGAUGUUACGUCUGCGGGGAGGGCGGUGAUGCGCCCUUUCGAACGGCAAUGGCCGCAGCCGCAGCUUCGUCCUCCGUUCACCAUCAGCGGGCCAGCCUUGGAAGUUUACCGAACAUCGUGACCACCUGUGAAGAUUUCGAGCGUGAUCGGGAGGAACUGGACAAGUAUGUGCUCGAGUGUCCCCCAUCGUACACUAGUUGCUUGACUCAGGUCGAUGGUGAUAUGGAACUGCGAACGUGUGGUGAAAGCUUGUCGAUUAAUGACUGUAAAAGCGCCAACAAAAUCGAUUACUGCUACUGCAGUGAGGAUCUGUGCAACGGACUGAAGCGAACCCAGAUACGACAGGACAUAGAGAACUCGCGGCGAAGAGCUCAAUCGGAGCACCUGAGGCAGCACGAGCCAAGCACCAGCGACGACGAGGAUCUAUCGGAAUCAUCCGGCAUGGAGGAUUCACACGAGAAGCACCGCUCGGACAGCCACCGGCGGGCGGGUUUGCUAGGACCCACCAGCCAUAACAGCAAUGUUCACAAUGACAAGGACGUUGCUACAACACAACUCAUCAUAACUCUGAAGCCCAUCCCUACCACCGAACGGCGGAAUAAUAAUUCAACCAGUCCGGGUACGACCAGUGGCACCAUGUCGUGUUGGGUUUCAGCAAAUGGCUGGAGCAAUCUGCCAAUGCUGCUUUCGGUCGUCGCCUCAAUAUGGCGAUUAAACACACGUUGGUGUCACGCAAUUUCCGUUUAAUUAGUUUUACUCUAGAUUGCACUAUUGUUCCCCUUUUUGGAUUAUUUGAAUUUGAAAGAAUCCAAAAACGUUAUCUUCUUUGUCUGUUCACCGCUGAAAGCACAAAUUAGAUUUUCGAUACCUGGUGGAACAGCAAAUUUAAUGUUCGAUUCAUCGACCAAUCUUUGCAUUCAGAAUGUACCGAUGCAUUGUUCCGUGAUCUUCUACAGAAUCGACUGUGAUGGUGCUUUCUGAGCUUAUGAAGCACACCAAGACACUCCGAAAUAUUCCUUUAAUGUAAGCGUCAAAUAAGUCAGAAAUGAAAACCAUCCUCGCUGAACAAUGCUCAUAGCUGUCACCAAUGUCACCAACGUUUUUUGUUGUUUUUAGUCCGGUGCCGAGAGAAGAAAUCUCGUGAAAAUACGAAAUUCAACUGCAGCUCACACAGAUAGAGGUUACCAUCGUCGCGAAAUAUAUAUAUAUGUUCCCUUAGUCACACAACGGAAAACAACCCAUACGAAGAACAAACGAAUAGCUCUUAGAGAUUACCCCGUGUGUCGUUUAUGAUUUGUAAAUAUUGAUUGUAAAUAAUGUGAAUUGAGUAGCGGCCCAAUCAUUUUCCGCUGUUGUACCCAUCGUACGACCCAAGUUUAACCAUCGAAUGGAAAAUGGGAAAGAUUGUGUUUUCCUGCUCGCCAUAUUUGUAAGGUGUAUUUUUACGAAGAUAUGUUAUGUUGAAAUGUAUUACAAAAACAGAAAAAAAACUGGGCAAUAGUUUAAAGAAAUGAUACAAUUGUUUUUACAAAAUAAUUGAGAAGAGAGAAAGUUUAGUUAUUAUUUAUGAUGUAGAUGAUAAUCGAUGCGUUUAAGAUGAAUGUCUAGUGAGAAGUAUUAUAGAAAUGAAUAUAGAAAUGGUUCGUUUAUUUCAUAAGCGACAUAAUAAAUGAAACCCGAAAGCUCCGAUGUCCUGAUUCGAAAACUAAACGCACCAAACAAUAGUCAUGACCGUAACAUUUACAACUGCUGCAACUAGCCCUAAUCAGAGUCAUAAAUAGCAAUGUAUUCCAUGAGUAACAAUUUAAGAAUUCAUAUUGCCAUAUCUAGGAUGAGAAGAACAUGAUAAUAAAUUAUGUGAAAUAUAA